AUGGCUGAUAACUUGAGAAGGGCGAUUCAAGAUCUCACUUUGGGACUUGAAGAUGAACCAGUGGCUCUUUCCAUUGACGUUUGUACCGAAGCAAGGCGUGCUACCCAAAUUGUUGAGAAGAAGAAGUUCCAGUUCAUCUUCCCUUCUGAGGAGUUGUUGCAAUCGGUGUUGAGUCGUGGCCCAAGGGCUGUUCAUGAUCGUAUGGUGAUCAUGAAUCGGUGGAAUCCGGCGCAAGGAGAUGCUCAACUGAACCACAUUCCAUUUUGGGUUCAGAUUAGGGGUAUUCCGUUGGAGUUUCUUACGGAGGGUAUGAUAAGGAACAUUGGAGACAGAAUCAGCGAGGUUCUGUUGGUGGAUUUCAAGACUGAAGUUGCUGUUGAUGUGGAAUACGAGAGACUGCGGGGGUUCUGUGAGGAUUGUGGUAUGUUGACUCAUGACACUGGUGAGUGUCUGACGGAUAUUGAAGAUCACCAGGUUGAGAGUGAUCAUGAUGAGGAUCAUCAGGUUGGAGGUGAUCCUAUGGCGGAAGCAGAUCAAGGUAACAUUGCUAAUCAGGAAAAUCUGGGUAUGGACGUGGUUGAACAUCAGGUUGACCAUGAGCCUUUUGUGGAUCCUACAUUGGGUGAUCAUCAAGGAUCACAUAUGGCGUUACUGGGGAUGGUGUGUUAUCGUGCUCCUAUGGAUGUGGUGCGGGAGGAUCAUGGAAUGCAAGUUGAUCAACAAAGAAUGGGCCGGAAGCGUAAGUUUAGCAACUGUUUCUCUGAGGAAGAAGAAGUGGGGGAGGCAGUAAUGACUAAGGAUAAAGGGAUAGUGGCUUCUGGUGAGGGUGAUGAUCAUGUCAUCCUGGAGAUGGAAGAACGGUGGAGCUCUGAGUUCAGUUUUGGUCAGUAUGGAUCUUUUCUGUUGAAUGCUCAAGACGGUGAUUGGUCAAAUGAGUUGGGAGCGAAUCGGGCUAAGGCGAUUCAUUCGGUUGGGAUGUCUGAAUCUAUUGAAGCUCAGUUGAUGGGUAGCAUUUUGGUGAAGAAAACUCGAGGUGAAAGCGUAAUGGUGGAUAAACAUCAGGUGGGCAAGAUGAAGGUCUCUACAGAGUUUAAUGGUCUGAGGAAGCUGCAGGAGGAUUACGAGGAUGGGCAGGAGGACACAAUUGACAGAGGCGCGGUGGGCCCGAUGGUUUUAGUUCCUCCACGGGGGUUAGGUGGUGGAUUAGCUGUGCUUUGGAAAAACUAUGUUUCAGUUUCUGUUAUUUCAAGUGAUGUACGUCUUGUUGAUCUCUAUGUGGAAUAUAAAGCUUUUAAGUUUUAUUUGUCUUGUGUUUAUGGAAAUCCUAUUCCUAAAUAUAGAAAUCAUCUUUGGGAAAGAAUACAGAGACUUGCCGUAUCAAGAGUUGGUCCUUGGAUGUUAUGUGGGGAUUGUAAUGAGAUUACUAAUCCUAAUGAGAAAAAGGGAGGACAUGUAAGGUCUGUAACAAGUUCUAGAGAUUUUAAUACAAUGAUCCAAAUAUGUGAUAUGAAGGAUCUUAAGUUUAAAGGAAAUCAGUUUAGUUGGGUGGGUAGAAGAAAGACAGAAGUGAUAGAGUGUUGUCUGGAUCGGGUACUAGUCAGCACGGAAUUUUUGAAUCAGUUUCCGAUGUCAGAAACAGAGUAUUUGGAGAUAGCAGAAUCAGAUCACCGUCCUAUGAUAAUCAAUAUAGAAUAUCAGCAGAAGAUUAGGAAAGGUUGGUUCUGUUAUGAUAAGAGGCUUUAUGACCAUGAAAGUUUUGUGGAUACAGUUACAGAAGCCUGGUCUAGUACUAAUCAAAUAGAUGAAUGGAUGAAGAAAUUAGAUCAUUGUCGUGAAGUGGUAAUAGGAUGGAAGCGAAGAAAUGUAUCAAAUGCAGCAGAGAGAAUCAAGGAGAUAAGGAGCCGUAUUGAUCAAGCAAUAUGUGAUAGAACUAUAUCAACAGAUUACAUCAAUCAUCUACGCUGUGAUCUGAACAAAGCUUAUGCUGAUGAAGAGGAAUAUUGGAGACUGAAGAGUAGAAAUAGAUGGUUGAACUUAGGUGAUCGCAGUACAAGGUUUUACCAUGGAGUUACAAAGAUGAAGAAAAGUCAGAAUAAAAUUAAACAUAUGCAAGAUAAGCAUGGAACUUUACAUUCUGAGAAUGAGAUGAUUGGUAAAAUUGCAGAGGAGUAUUUUGUCGAGAUGUUUUCUUCUUCAGAAACAAGUUCAGUAUCAGAUUUUUUGCCUAGUAUUAAAAAGAAGAUUACAGAUGAGAUGAAUAAUAUGUUGCUUCGGCCUAUUACUGAUUUGGAGGUUCAUGAUGCUCUGUUUUUGAUUGGAUCAGAUCGUGCCCCUGGGCCAGAUGGAUUUACAGCUUCAUUUUAUCAACAGUUUUGGAAUGUUAUUGGACCUGAUGUCUGCUGCAUGACCAAUAAGCUUAUGUACUGUGGCUUACAAGUUGAUAUCAAAGAUUUUAUGCCUUCGUAUGCAAGGGUGCUUAGAAGGAAUCAUUUCGGAAGCUCAGGCUGCUUUCGUACCAAACCGACAAAUUUCUGA